AUGGUUGAGCCAACACCAACUACUAGACUCCAUAUCACUCCUCUCAAUCCCGAUCUCCUCCCCUCGGUCCUGCCCCCAUCAGUCCGACCCUCUGCCACCGACAUUUCCUUCCACCAUAUUCCCACAUUCCCCGAAAACGACUACGGAUAUAUCACCUUGCCGACCAUGGACGCCGAAAAAAUCCAAAAGAAGCUGAACGGCAAGAUUCUCAAGGGCAAAAAAUUCAAGAUCGAGACUGCCCGUCCAUCCAAAAGACAAAGGAACGAGGAAGAGGCCGACGCACCUGCGGAGAAGAAAAAACCAAAAAAGUCCGAGCCGGAAGAUGGCGUGAUCGAGGGCUAUGAACUUGCCGAAGGCCGUAAAGUGAAGCGAGGCUGGACGGAAUCUUCCAAGAAGGAAAAACAUCGAUCGUCCGACAAGAAGCGAAGCAAGGACGACAAGAAGGAAAAGCCCCAGCCCAAGUCCAAAUAUACCGACAAGUCAGAGCUUCUGUUCCGAACAACCCUUCCGCCGAACCGCGUCGCCAACGAAGCCGACGACAAGAAGGCCAAGAAGAAGAAGUCUUCUUCUCGGGAAACCGUCAUUCACGAGUUUGAGAAGACAUAUACGCAACCGAGUUUCUUGCGGUCCAGUGGAGAAGAGACCAAGCCCUCCACUGCAUUCGAUGAGGAGAAGGGAUGGGUGGAUGCUUCAGGGGCUGUGAAGGAAGCUGCGAGUAAAAAGAGUCGCAAGGACAAUUAUCGCCCGGGUCAAGUCCCUGGAACCAAGGAGAAAGCACCAAAGAAGGCCAAGAAGAGCAAACCUGAAAGCUCACCUGAACCAAUUGAAGCUGAAGAUUGGACUUCUUCCAGUGGUUCGUCUGACGAGGAUUCGGAUGCCGAAGGCGAAAGCGAAAGCGACAACGACUCUUCUGAUGAUUCAUCCGAUGACUCGUCUGACGAGUCCAUCAUAGAGGAGGCCUCCAAGGACGAAGAACCCGCAAAGGAGACUAAAGCUGCCAAGGCCACGCCACCCACCUCGGACGAUUCAGACUCAGAGCCGGAGCCCGAGUCGUACUCGAAGUCGGAGUCGAAACCCGCAAGCAAAGAAGAAGCAGUUGCAGAGGAACCUACACCUACCGAAGUCCACCCUCUGGAGGCUCUUUUCAAGCGAACAGCCCCAACUGACUCCGAGGAUAUGCCUGCGGAAGACAAGAACGCUGGCUUCAGCUUUUUCGGCGGCGGCGACAUCGAGUCAGAGGACGAGGCCUCAGCCGAACCGCAAACACCAUUUACGCCAUUCACGAAGCGAGACCUUCAAGACCGUGGCCUUCGAAGCGCAGCUCCCACCCCUGACACCAGCCUGAUCAAUCGGCGCAUGAAUUGGGAGGAGGAAGAGGAUGACGAGAUGGAAGACGAUGCCGCCAUCGAUACUCCCGUUUCCAAAUCCCGAAGCACAAAGCUUGAUACCAAGGAAGAAACCGAGUUCACCAAGUGGUUCUGGGAGAAUCGCGGUGACAACAAUCGUGCUUGGAAGAAGAGGCGGCGCGAUGCUGCCAAGGAACAGCGACAGAGAGAGAACCGUAAGAAGGGUAUCAAGGGCAAGUCUUGA